GGCCCUGUCAUGCAGCCUGCAUCGGCGCUUAGAGCGGGGUUUGCGGCUCCCGUUCAGAGCCUGCUGUACAACGCAACGAUUCUUGAGCAAUCUUCACAGCCGAGUCCUUCGAUCUAGUCUUAUAAGAGGGCUAGUAUUCCAUGCUGUACUUGAUAAGCUACUUUUUUCCAACUGCCAUGCGAUCAAUCAACAUGGACCAAAUGUGCUGUGAAUCUUGCCCGCAACCAGAGGUGUUAUACUGGAAGAAAGGUGAUCGAAAAUGGAGAUCGGCUACGACGGCCAGUGAGAAGAAAUCAGCAUCCUUUUUUGCAGACAGGGAAGACUUCGAUGUUUGCAUCGUCAAUGCUUUUGCACAGAAAAUACGCGAAUGUUCAGCAUGCCGCGAGAAGUUUGCUAAGGCCUUCCUAAUCCCAGACCUCUGGUGGAAACGGUAUUGCAGAGAUUCCAACGGCUACUUUGGAUGCGAGACAAAGAUUGAUGAGGACGGAAAUACUGCAGGACUGACUACAUGGGCGCGAUUCCCAGUGAAGCUCACGAACGAAGGAUAUACAGGAUAUGAAUGGUCAAAGACCAAUGUGAUUACGCACUGGGUGGCGAAGACUCGUCAAACAGUCCUCGUCGUCUUCGACGCCGUUCAACCAGCGGCGAAUUGUAUGAAGAGGGUCCCGGAAGAUGAAUCCGACCCCAUUUACGCCGUACCAAACGCGGACUACUUCCUCGACCCCUACUGGAUAUAUAUCGGAAUCUUGGAGAAGGUCGUCACUCUGCAAGAUGCCGCUGUAUGGGCUGUUCGUGUUACAGUCAGGACCACAGAGAAGCAAAGGGACAUAAUCCACGGCUCCGACUCGGCCACAUCAAAGACUGUACCCGACUUUCGUCAUUUGCACGAAACCGCACGACAUGCUAUACACGUUUCAGAGACAUUGGAUUUGGCCGUCAAGGCUGCUAGGAAGAUUUUACUGCAGCACGAGACACAUAAGGUUGGCCCUGACGACCAGUCCAGGUCUACCACCGCAUGGAAACGGGCUUGGAAUUACACGCAUCAGCGGUUGCAGUUCUUUGAAGAGAUGAUUACCAGCCUUCAAGAGCGCUCAGCUUCCAAUAAGGCUCGACAUUUCAACGAGAUCUCGCUCGCAUAUAACAUGGUUGCCCAGUCCGACGCCCGGAUUUCUGUAGCCAUCGGUCGCGCGACGCAGAGAGACAGCGAGGCCAUGAAAACCGUGGCUUUUCUCACACUACUCUUCCUACCGUCAACUUUCGUUUCAGCCGUCUUCAGCACCUCAUUUUUUGACUACGACUCGGGAGCAGACUCGUGGAAUGUCUCGAGCAAGUUCUGGGUAUACUGGAUUGUAGCAGUUCCGAUAACACUCGUAACGGCUCUUCUGUGGUAUUACCGACAUCGUCUGGGCCCUUCAGGUGGGUGCGAGUUACUUCGAUUGAUGGAUUCCCAAAGAUCGAACACACGAGAAGAUAUCGAGUUUGGGAAUGGCAAAGCCAUUAGGGACUACGGGAUUGAGCAUCAAAGAAGUAUUAGGCGACAGCAGCACACUGUCUUGUAGUCUGGAACAGACACAGGUAGAGUCAAGACCUGGUGUCUUUGAUAUCGGUCAAUCAUGCUCUCAAAAUUUUGCAAGACAGAGCGUUAGAGCAAAGGUUUCAUUUAUCAGAUUACCACAAUAUUCCAGGUUAACUCAUGGCAGUCGUUCCGAUGGCUGGCUUUGUCUUAGGUAUAUGAAAGGUAUUACUUUCCCGAUCUUGGUUGCCCUUCAUAUAUGUACUUCACCCUUCCGGCCACUUCCUACGAAGGGUGAACUUUUCUGCAACAACCUCCACUGCGAUCUUAGUCACAUCGCCGUCGUCCUACUAGUCAA